AUUUGCAUAAUUCCUUUAAAGUGAUCUACAGGUUAAAUCUCACAAAUAAAAAAUCCCAACUUGAAUCCAUACACGGCCUUCAUUAAUUAUGACCGUAAAGUGUAAAUUGUAUCAUGUAGCUCUAUUGGCUUUGUUAGUCCAGAGUUUUACAAUUGUAAUAGGAGACGAUAAUGAUUUGGAUAUAUUAUUCGAACAUCAUGGGACCAAGUACCUCAUUGGAUAUGAUUAUGUUGAUGCAGAUAUGGCUGCAAAAAAAUGCUCUCAAAAUGGCUACCAACUCGUUACAAUUCAAGGCGAGGAAAUAAAUCUCUUGUUGAAAAACUACUUGUCAAAAAAUACUAAUCUAACUGGUGAUCUAUGGACUGCGGGUCGAUUGGAGGUUGAGGAAGAUGCAGAAAUUCACAAUGGUACAGAAAAAAUAAAAUGGGGUGGGUUUGGCGAAUCUGAAGAAUAUGCAGAUUUUGCCCGUUAUGAGACGCCGAGAUGCAAGAAAUCAGGAUGUGAUGGAGAGUUUUGUCCCCCAAACUGUGGUGACACUCCAAGCUGCAAGAUAACUCUGUCACCCUGCACCACAAUAACGCCACAAUGCGGACACGUUACCACAAAUUGUUCCGCCGUGCGUGGAGACUGUUCGUCAACUUGUCCCGAGUGUGAAAUUACUAGUAAUCCAACAUGCAGCGUCGUGCAGGGGUCUUGCACAGUGGAGAAUGGAAAAUGCCACGUUAUCCCAGGACAUUGCGAAACUUAUCGACCAGAUUGCACAACAAUUCGUCCUGAUUGCGUCACAGUGGCGAAACCGUGUCGAUCCUCUUCAGUAAAACCGAUUUGUCCCACGGCUUCAAAUUGUUAUUUUCUGGAGCAUGAGCGAUGCACAACGACACAAUUGCCGUGUUACACUACUCUUCCAGCAUGCACGACACGUAGGGCGAAAUGUGCAGAAGAGUAUAACUCAUCGGGUGAAGCAACCAGAUACAAGUGUGGCGAAACUACGACGACAUGUGAGCCGCCCGUGGAAAUCUGUCCCCCUCCUAAGACGACAUGCAGACCUCCCAUUGGGUGUGACCCCGUCGUGUGUCAAAGUCCGGUCAGGAUUUGUGAGAAGCCUGAAGUCCACUGCCCAAAUCCGAUAACAAAGUGUCCUGACCCGAUCGUUAAGUGUGAAGAACCCACAGCUUUUUGUGAUAAACCAACGGUAAAUUGUCCAGCACCGGAAAUUAUUUGCACUCAACCUGCAGCAGUUUGUAACGGGAGUGAUGUAUCUUGUCCGGGAAUCGUGACCCAUUGCGAGUCCCCAAUCCCAGAUUGUCCAAAGCCUUGGGUCAAGUGUCCCAAACCGGAGGUCGUCUGCGAGAACCCAAUUCCUUGUGACCCGGCGACACAUGCCCCGUUAACAAACCCCACCUGUCCUCCUGGAUAUGAAGAAUGUACUGAUUGCGGAGAGGGGACGACUCCUAUUUCGCCAACGACUGAAGGGGGUGGUUGUAUUUGCCUCGGAAAAAAUGUGGAAUACAAGUGGGAGAAGAGGAAUUGCUUUGAGAAGAAGCAAUACUUAUGCCAAGAGGGCAAAUAACAUUUUUUAAUAGAUAGAGUUUUGCAUACCUUUUUUAACUAUUUUAAUACUUAUGAAAUGAAUUUUGUACACCAAUAUUUAAUUUAUUUAAGAAUAUUUUUGGAACAUAGUUUUUCAUUAUGUAAAUGAAAUUUUGCUAAAGUGUGACCGAUUGAUGAAUUAGCCAGUUUAUACGCUUGAAAAUACAUAAGUCCGUAAGUUCGGAAGAUUUAUUCACAAUAAACGUACGCAGAAAAUUA